AUGGAUGAUUUUCUCAAACCCAUCAAAACCUCCUGGAAGGUCCAGAACAACAUCGACAAGUUCGAGAGUCUGUCGAUGAAAAACACGCCUUCGACGAGACCAGUCAGUGCAAAAUCCAAAGUCUCAAUCAUCGAUCUGGAUCAAGAAAGCAAUGAUAGCUCCGGAGAUCAAUUCAGUAUUCGGCCUUCGAUCGAUUCAUCUCAUACCUCAGUGUCGGCGUCGUCAGACUCGAAGAAGCACAAGCGUCAUGACUCCACAGCAUUCCUUCAAAAGUCUUAUUUGGACAACUCGCCACCUCCAUCUCUUCCAGACGAUGCACGUGAAAUCUUGAAAAGCCAGCCUGAUACUGAGGAUUUGAUUGCUGUGCUACAAUAUCUACAAUGCGGCAUCGAGGGAAAGCAUGAUUUCAACAUCCGACUUCCUAGUCCCAAGGCUUCGCAGAUCAUCAAUGUGCUGGCCACAAUUACUGUGCCAGAUCAAUGGAUACAUUUGAGAAGCUCCAAACUGUCAAAUACCGAGGCUCUCCUCAAGAAACUGCUGCUGAGCUGUUUGAUGAGUGUUGCAGGCUUGGGUGCUUUGUUGAUGCAGAUCAAACAACUCGCCAUCACAACUUCUAAGAAGACGAGCCCUAUUCUCGAAGACGCCAUUUCGGUCGUUGAAACAUUACUUUCUGGAAAUGGUGUAGUAAAGGAGCUUUUGGCCGAGGCAAACAAGCUUUUCUCAAGCGAAAUGCAACGCAGGGUCUAUUGGCAAGAAGUCACCUCGUUAUUGGCUGGAAGCAAGGUCCUUUCGACACUGGCUCAAGCGUCAACAAAUAUUGGACAUUCGGACGAGACCAUUCCGCUGGUGUCAUGGCUCAGCGACGGCGCAGAAUAUUCGAGAUGGCUUGGAAGGAAUAUCGCGACUGCUGCCACUGCAUCUAUAUCAAUGUCAUUUUCAGGAAUUCAUCAUAUGAAUAUGCUCUGCCAGCUACUAAAGCGUGGAUUGAGCCUUGGAUACCGUGAUGCUCUGACUAUCGAACUGUAUACGAUGCUUCUCUUUCGUAAUCAUGCACUCUGGACCGUGUUGCAUACACUCAUUCAAAGUCUACCAUCUCAUGAUCAGAAGAGCUUGUUCGAUACUAUCCUGUGUGAUCUUGGGCGAAAGCACCUUGGAGGCAGUAUCAACGUGGCGGACAAGGAGUCCUUAGCAUCGCACAGCGCCGCCAUUGGCGGUGUGGCUGCGAUGAUCAAUGGCAUCGUUGAGAACAACCCUCUUUUGCAAGCUCAUCUUACUCAUUGGUUAACAACUGCAAAUGGACAGUAUGUUGGGCUCGGGCUCGACAGCCGCAGAGCUGUCAUUGCGAGCCUGGCCACCGAUAAAGACAAGUUACAGGCCGUUCUUGAAAAAAGUCUGGAAGUCUUUGGAGACAAGCUGCAGAUGCAGCGUGAUCCUAUCCUACAACAGGAGGCAAUUGCCCAAACUAUUCUCCUCGUUACCGGUCGUCUGUAUAGGCUGGAUCACAACUCAGUGAAGCAAGUAUCGCUUUCAGGUUCUUUUAUGCGAAUGGUGUCCAACCGCCUCUCAGCAUCCAUGCCCCGUAGCCGUUUCUUGGGCAUGGUAGUAGCAACAGCAAUCUCCAGGAUGCUUGACAAGCCAACCCAGCGUAUCAAUUUUGGAACAGAAGAGAUGGAGGGAGAAGAAGCCCAGCACUGGCUGGACCUACCCAGUAUUCAUGACACAAUAGGGUCUGUAGAUACACUAUCCACAGCUCCAGAAGGUAUCCAUCGACCACAACCACCCGCGCAGAAAUCACCACCUCGCCGGAGACCUGCCACAGCUGUAACGAGAGCCCAGCCAGCAUCAAAGAUCACCGCCAUCGAAGAAAUCUCGACCGACGACGAAGGAGAUGAUCUUGGUUUUCAUCCAUAUCCGCGCCCGGACAAUGACCUAUCUGAUUCUGACGACGACCCUACACUUGUGAAUCGCAACAAGCCUGCAGCUCCAGUCUACAUCACUUCUCUCAUCAAGCAACUCAAUGCUACGGAUGAUAUAUCUGCCGUCGAGCUUGCAUUGCAGACAGCACCAUCUCUCAUUCGCAGGAAGUCAGGCUUCGGUGACGAACUAUCGUCAAACUUAAUACCUUUGGCAUCAUGUCUUCUCAAUCUUCAAGAAGGAUUAUCGCAACCAAAACUGCAGAAAUUCCGACUAGAGGCAUUGAUAGAGUGCUUCAUUAGCAAACCAGACCUAAUGGGUCCUUGGAUUGCCAAUAUGUAUUUUGGUGGAGACUUUUCCCUUUCUCAGCGAGGCUUGCUUCUCACGGUAUUAGGACUGGGUGCGAGGCAGAUAGCUGGUAUUGACGACGAGCAAGAGAAUGCGAUCGCGUCUCUGGUAGCUGACGAGAAACAGUUCCCUUCCAAUCGUCUCCCCUCUCAUCUGGAAUCUGUAUUCGCUUCUGGAAAUUCACCCAUCAACACUAUCUCAACAACAUUGUCAAGUCGAACAUUACAGCCGAUGGCUUUGACCGCCGCUGACAAGCUGUCCGGUUUGGAUAUCCUCAAGGUCAGGACAUUCUCCUCUCGAAUGGCUGUGACAGCUAAACAGGCCGCAAAAUCGGAAGCCCGGUCGAAACGCGUACCAAAGGACUUGCACAGGCUGUUGUCCGAGUUUGUGUACCUCCCACUGUGCUCAAGGUCGACCCUACUCUUCUCCUCCCUGGCAAACGCGCCUCACCUUGUUAAUUCGACGCUUUUGCAUCCUUCCAUGGUGAAACUCAAUAUCCAGACUCUCACCGUUGUCAUUUCGACACUAGGCCCGAAUGCUAUUCAGCUGGAGACUGUCACACGCGAAAGCCUUCUCUUCCUCAUGGCAAUCCACACAAUCCCGGUCCUUACACAUGACCCGGUAGUCCUUCCUGCAAUAUUGCAUUUGCUUUUGACGGUCCUUGACCUGAACAUUGAGGCAGGCACAACAUCAGAAGAACUUCUAGUCACGGACUUUGGAUCAAUGAUAGCCGAGCUCACCUCCUGGGCAGCCAGUCUCGGCGAGCAGCAAUCGACACCUGAAGUGCAUGAAGAGAAGGGUCUAGGGAUGCCAAUGCCGUGGCCAGUCCUGGUGGCUGGUAUUCAAGUCAAAUGGCAGGAAGUGGGAAGAAAGUUCCAGGGCCGCAUGCUUGGGCUAAUGGCGACCACUGAUUUCGACUCUUUCUGA